CCAAAACUAAACUCUAAACCAUUCCGAAGCCGAAAAAGUUUUUAACGCGAGUUUCGACCUCGACGAGAAAGUUUCCAUCGCCACCACUGCGUGCACUUGAUAUACAGAGUGUGCUGCUGCCAUGGCGAAUGUGAAGAUUGUGGAGUCCAAACUGGACAUAUUCCAGGCCCCGCAGACCCAUGCUUUGGCCCAUGCCGUAGAGUCAUCCUUCGUGGCGGAACGAGGAUCCCUGGCCUGGCAAUUUAACCUCAUCUACGGCGAUGUGGAUGAACUCCGGCAGAGGCGGGUGGCCAGGGGAAACUGUGCUGUGCUGGAGCAUAAUGCCCGAUUUAUAUACUAUCUGGUGACCAAGUCGAAUCUCUACGAGGCCAGCACCUACGACGACGUCCAGGCGGCUUUGAUCUGUAUGCGGGAACAUAUGCGCAACCACGAGAUCACCAAAGUGGCCAUGCCCCGAAUCUGCUGCGGCAAAGACGGCCUCGAGUGGAGGCAAGUGAAGCGUCUGCUGCAGCAGACCUUCUCCCAGAGCGAGUAUCCCAUCGAGGUGCUCAUCUGCGAGCACGAAGACCUUUCCAAGGAGCUGGCUGCUCCCAAGUGUCAGAUUACGGAGGCCAGGGGCAAUCUAUUCAGCGCCCCGGAGAAUUACGCUUUGGUGCACUCGGUGAGUGCGGAUUUCGCCAUGUGUGCGGGCCUCAAUCUGCAGUUCCGCUGCAAAUUCGGUCAUGUGGAUGAGCUGAAGCGUCAGAAUAGGCACACCGGAAAUGUGGCAGUUCUGGAGCAGGACGGUCGUUAUAUCUACAAUCUGAUCACCAAGGAGCGGAGCCAUGAGAAGUGCACCUAUACGGCACUUUACUACGCCCUGCUGGCCAUGCGGGAACAUAUGAGGGAGCAUGGCGUGUCGAAGCUGGCCAUUCCCCGCCUUGGCUGCGGCAUCGAUCGCUUGGAUUGGUCGCGCGUGCGCAGUCUUCUCGAUCUGGUUUUCGCCGAGGACAACGUGGACAUAAUAGCCUUCUUCUACACUCCGCCACAAAUGGUCAAGGACACGCUGAACGUCGUUUGUCCCACCUGCAGGCACAUGAAGACCAUCCAUUUGCCUUCAAGAUCCGUCAGCGGAUCAAGGCAAUCCCUUCAUCGCGAAAAGACCCCUUUUUAAAUCUUUGCAUGGGAAAACUGUAUAUAUGACACUCGAACUGGUUUUGCUUGGGACUUGUGGCACCGAAUGCACCAAAUACUUAUAUAGCUGUUAAGACAAUACACCUAAGAGCUUUCAAGGCACGUACAAUUUAUAUUUUUCGGGGUAUUUAUACUGAAUGUACUGUAUUAAUAAACAAAACACACCCUUGAAGGGGUAUUAACCAAA